UUUUUGACUGAAUCAUCUCAGAUUGACUGAUGAGUCGCGAAUCAGUAAGGAGUCGCUUCUCUUUACAUUCGCUCGCAACUGAUCAUCGUGAACGUGCUUUUGUGCUGCGCGAGCUCUCCGUUACAUCCAGUAUGUCAGUCAGAUGGACUCUGUCGGUGUUUGUUGUGCUGUUUGCGACUGAAACCCUCAGCACAAAACAAAAUGAAGCUCUGAAACACGCAGACACACAAAUCUUCAUGGAUCAGAAUGAAAUCACCAUCAGCAACAUCAGUCAGACGUCACAGGAGUCUCCAUCAUCAGGAUUGGUUGCUGGUUGCCAUGGAAACCAGGUUCAAAUGGAUGGUAGCAAUUGUUCGUGUGCUGCAGGCUACAGUCAGAUUGAGAUGAAUGAAUGUAAAGAUAUAGAUGAAUGUCAGCAGGGUGAGCCUUGUGGUUCAGGUGCCAACUGCACAAACACACCUGGAUCUUACCUGUGCAGUUGUCUGCGUGGUUACCUGAUGGGUCCAGACGGUUGUCAAGACAUAGAUGAGUGUGCGUUAGCUGCAGUGACGGGUCUCCGUGCGUGUGGAAACCGAGCCGAGUGCACAAACACACGUGGAUCUUUCAUCUGUUCUUGUCCGGUGGGAUACGUGCUGGCGCUGGAUGGGCACAACUGCGUCGAUAUCGACGAGUGUAAUUUUGAAGAGAGAUGUCGCCGGGAACUCGGAAACAUUUGUGUGAAUACAGAAGGAUCAUACAGGUGUGCAUGUCAACACGGAUUCAGAGAAGUAGACGCCACCUGUGCAGGUGGUCUGUGUGCAGGUGUUGUAGUUUGUGCAGAUGUUGAUGAGUGCAUAGAGGAGCAGAACGUUUGCGUCGGUCGAGGGGAAUGUGAGAACACGCUGGGCAGUUACAGGUGUGUCUGUCAGCGAGGUUACCGUGGAAACGGCACCCACUGCUCAGACAUAAAUGAGUGUUUGUCUGGCGAUCAUGGCUGUGAUAUCAACGCUCGCUGUGGGAAUAUAAUUGGUUCAUAUUUCUGUCAGUGUCAUCAGGGAUACAGCGGAGACGGACACGCCUGCUACGAUGUAGACGAGUGUGCUCAGGAUAAUGGACUUUGUCAACAUAACUGCACAAAUCAGCUGGGAACAUACAGCUGUAAAUGUAGUACAGGAUUCACACUUACACACGACCUACACAACUGUACAGAUGUCGACGAGUGUGUGCGCAGUAAUGAUACAUGUGAACAGAUCUGUACGAACAUUCAUGGAUCAUACGUGUGCUCCUGUCGCCAUGGAUACCAGCUGCACAUAGAUGGACACAGCUGUGUGGACAUAGAUGAGUGUAAAUUACAGAAUGGUGGCUGUUCUCAUGAGUGCACAAAUACUGCCGGAGGACAUCUGUGUCACUGCCCUUUACCCCUGCUUCUGGACCAUCGCAACACCACCUGUGUCAAUGUGAGCUCAUGUGCUUUGAGGAAUGGAGGAUGUGAUCAUAUUUGCUCGCUGGGAUCAGAGGGUCACGUUCACUGCAGCUGUAAAGCGGGAUGGGAGUUGAGCUCGGACCAAAGAACCUGCGUCGAUGUAGAUGAGUGUGUGAGUUUUAAUGGUGGAUGUGAGCAGGUUUGUGUGAAUGACGCCGGGUCUUUUACCUGCAGCUGUCGCUCGGGUUUUGAGUCACGUAAAGACGAGCCUACGAAAUGCCAACCGUUAUGUGAGCCUGCCUGUCAGAAUAAUGGAGUGUGUGUUGCACCGAACACAUGCGACUGUCCGCCUGGUUACCCUGGGCCAGGAUGCUCAGCCAUGUGUUCUCCACCCUGUGCUCAUGGUGGUUCAUGUAUGAGGUGGAACAUCUGCUUGUGUCCUCCAGGCUGGACUGGUGAUGGAUGUCACACAGCUGUUUGUGAGCUUCCUUGUGGUAAUGGUGGACGAUGUGUCGCUCCAAACACCUGCCAGUGUCCUUCAGACUACACUGGACCUCAGUGUCUGAUUCCUCUCUGCUCCCCCCCGUGUGUUAAUGGUGGCAGAUGUGUGGACAUCAACACCUGCAGUUGUUUAGAUGGUUGGAAAGGAGCUCGUUGUCAGAUAGAACCUGUCAGAUGUGUGCCAUCAUGUAGGAAUGGUGGUGUGUGUGUUGGGCUGAACAAAUGUCAGUGUAUGGAUGGAUUCACAGGAAACCUUUGUGAGACAGGUGUCACUACACCAUGUGUCCCACCCUGCCAAAACGGGGCGACCUGUGGCCCUCUUAACACAUGUGUGUGCUCGAAGGGAACCAGCGGCAUACGUUGUGAGAAACUCACGUGUCCUGUGGUGACUACGGUCGUCAGCAUGGCUCGUGCAGUACGUAAAGGAUUCAGAGAAAGUUAUGUGGACCGCUGCGGACCUCUGGGAGUCCAACUCUGCACUAAAUACAGGAUAAACCAGGCGCGUGUGUACGUGCAGGCGUACAGGGUGGGUUAUAAGAUCCAGUGUGCGGACAACACAGGAAGAUGAACCACUGGACACAACACUAAACACACUUAAACACUGUAUCUGCAUAUUAUGCUAUAAUCACAGAUUGAUAAACAUGCAAAAGUGAUGCCUGAUUUUACAGUCAGAUGAAAUACAUGCAAGAGGGACCUUGAAUAUGUGUCUGUGUGUUUAUAAUAAAUGUGUUUAAUAUCUGUAUAUUACAUAAUUGUAUAUAGUUGUUUUUGCACAUUUUGUAUGCCAAACAAAUAAAGAAAUGUCUCAUGGGCUUU